CUGGUUCUUUCUGCGCCUAACCUGGCGCAAGUACAUUAGAAAGCGGAGCUGAAUUGCGCCGGGGGUCAGUCGCGAAGAGGCCACACGCAAUAGGUAGAGAUUCAGCGGCAUUCCUUCCAUCCAGUGAAGUAUCUGCUGCUGUAAUCAAAGCCUGCGACUGCAAACUGGCUUACUUUAUAUCCCCGGCGCUGUCCAUAUCAGCGUAGCGCUUUGACUUCCGCUGUCAGCAUCGAAUCUAGCAUGGAACUGUUGUGCUGCGAGGGACCUCGAGUUCGGUACGCAUACCAAGAUCCAAUUCUCCUUCAAGAUGAUCGUGUUCUGCGUAAUUUACUGACUUGCGAAGACAAAUACAUUCCCAGCUGUAGAUACUUCAACAUUGUACAGAAGGAGAUUGAGCCUCGCAUGAGGCGAAUGGUUACGACAUGGAUGCUAGAGGUGUGCGAGGAGCAAUUGUGCGAAGAAGAGGUCUUUCCACUGGCAGUGAACUAUUUAGACCGAUUUUUAUCGGUCGUACCAACCAGAAAAUGCCAGCUUCAACUGCUUGGCGCUGUGUGCAUGUUUAUUGCAAGCAAACUUAAAGAGACAUCACCGCUAUCGGCUGAAAAGCUGUGUAUUUAUACAGAUAAUUCCAUCACUUGUCAGGAAUUACUGGAUUGGGAAAUUUUAGUUCUUGGGAAACUUAAAUGGGACUUGUCAGCCGUUACUCCUUACGAUUUUCUAGAGCAGAUUUUUAGCCGCCUCUCCCUACCCAAUGAAAGCGUGAUCCGAAAGCAUGCGGCGACUUUCAUCGCUUUAUGCUGUACUGAUGAGAAGUUUCUUAUGUACCCGCCUUCCACUUUGGCUGCGUCUUCUAUUUGCGCGGCUUUUGCUGGUCUCGCUACAACAGAACAAAAAAGCUUGUGGACAAGCGGAGAACUUGAAUCAUUCCUACAAGGACUCACAAAUAUCGAACCGGAAUACCUACAAUCAUGCCAAAGACUAAUGGAAGAAGUACUUCAUUUUAAUGUCACGGAAACUCCAUCAGAUAAGAUCGAAAACGGAAGCACGCCAAGUACGCCAACAGAUUUACAGGAAAUCCAUUUUUGACAGAGGCGUUUAGUAGACUGUCACAGAACCUUCCGUGUGUGUGCCAACCUAUCUAUCGUGUGUAAAUACUGUAAUAAAGGACUAGAAUUUUCUCAAA